AUGCCCCUAAAUUGCCUGGUCAUUGUGCGAUAUGGUCCGUAUGAGUCCUGUGGAGUUGUUGAACAUAGGACUUUCCGUUUGGAUGGACUUAAAGCUGCAUUAGAAGAGGCUGGACACCGAUGUGUCUUUGAAGAGUCUCCUGACUGGAACACAAUGGAGCUGCUGGUAAAUGGAGAGUGUGUGUACGCUGGUAACAUUAAAGACAUGGAUUUUGGAGGAGAUGGAAAGCUUGACCCAUUGUGUCAGGAAGCAGUAUCAGCUGUAAAUAAUUCAUGCUGA